AUGGAUAAUAUUGUGGACAAUAAAUAUAUCCUGCAACAAAAAAUAGGUCAAGGUAGCUUCGGACAGAUAUAUAUUGCAAUUGAUAAAGAUACUGGAGAGAGAUAUGCAGUCAAAGUCGAAGAUAAUAACGUUUCAGUUCCUCAACUAUUAUUUGAGGCGAGAAUAUAUCAAAUUAUGGCUGGUUCGACAAAUAUACCACGAUUAUUUUAUCAAGCAGAAGAUUUCGAUCGAAAUGUAAUCGUAAUCGAAUUAUUAGGCAACUCUUUAGAAGGCCUUCUUACAAAAUGCAAUCGUCACAUGUCGGUCAAGACUGUUUGCAUGCUUGCAGAACAAAUGAUUACUUCUGUUCAGUUUUUUCAUUCAAAAAAUUACAUUCAUCGUGACUUAAAACCAGACAACUUUGUGAUGGGCAAAGGUAACUGCGCAAAUAAACUGUAUAUUAUCGAUUAUGGCCUCGCCAAACGUUACAGAGACCAAAAUACGCAUCAACAUAUAAAAUUUUCAUCAGGAAAAUCACUUACAGGAACCGCAAGAUAUGCUUCUAUUAAUGCUCUUGCUGGUUACGAGCAGUCUCGUCGUGAUGAUAUUGAAGGACUUGCGUAUGUACUAAUUUACCUAUGUAAAGGAUCACUUCCAUGGAUGGGAAUUGAUGCCAAAGAUAGGAAAGAGAAAUACGCCAAGAUUUGUGAGUCAAAACGUAAAACAAGUCCAGAAGUAUUAUGCCAAGGCCUUCCUUCUGUAUUUGCACAGUUUCUGGUUAUGGCUCGUGGCUUAUCUUUCGAACAAGAACCAGAUUACGUCACUUAUCGUUCACUUUUCAGAAAUUAUUUCAUAAGCCAAAAUUGGGUUUACGAUUAUCAAUACGACUGGUCAGAAGUACCAUAUUCCACAAUGGAUGGUGCUGUUCCACGUCGUACUGUCCACAAGAGACGUCAAAAUUACGCUGUUAACGCCACUUUUUCUUCUGAUCAAAAAUACUUCUCAGUUGAUGCCGUAAAAAGUGGCGAAUUCGCAACAGUUGGCUCCCAAGAAAAGAUGAUCAAGCCACAAGUAACAUUGCCUGACGUAGGAGCCCCAAUAAACACGAUUGACAUGGUUGUUGCCGACGACAAAAAAGUCACAAUUCAAGAUAACGAACCGAAGAAAGCAUCGCGAUCAAAGAAACGCGUUGUUAAGAAAGGAACGAAGAAAGUUGUUAAAAAGAAGAUGAAGAAGAGCCAAGCAUCUCGUAAGCCUCUUCCUCAUCAACCAACAGCUGGAAUCAUCCAAAUAGAUCUCAACAAAUCAAAAGAAGAAAGAAAACCAUCAGUUGAUGUAAAACAACAACAACAAAAAGUUGAAGAAGAACAAAGAAGAAAAGCGAUGGAAGAAGAGAUGAAGAGAAGAGCAGCAGAAGAAGAACAAAGGAAGCGUAGAUUGGAAGAAGAACAAAGAAAGAAACAACAACAAAUGAUAAAUCAAAGUGAAGAAAGAAAGAAAUCAAAUGCUGCUGCUGUAAGAAGAUCUUCAAGUGUUGAAAGGAAACAUCACCACCAUCAUCACCAUAGGCAUCAGGAAAGAAACAAAUCUGUUGAACAACAACCGCAACAGAUUGAAAAACAAAAAGAAAUGAGUACUGAUCGUUAUAAAUCUUCACAACCGUCGCCAAGAAUAAAAAAGAGAAAAGUGGCUCUACCGGAAGAUAUGACGAGUUUGAACACCGUUGACCAGUUUUUAAUUAGAAGAGGUGCCAUGACGCCUCAAAACCUUUCGCCUGCUAAAGUAAGCAAGAGGAAGUAA